AUGUCUACAGACAUCAAAACCUAUUAUGCAACCUCCGACCUCAUCACGAACGUCACGGGCCAUCCGGGAGGAGAGGAAAAGAAAAAAGAUGUCUUCAUCCUCUCUCAUCCGGACAUCAUGAACAUGAUGCGCUACAUCUGGGCCGGAUGUGAUCUGCCCACCGAUCACGAUGACUAUAUCCGGCGCAUGGGCAUCGACGAGUCGGUCAAGGGCGAGGUAACCAAAGAGGUUAACUUGAUGGUUGCGGCUUAUUCCGAUGUCCAAAAAGACAACCAGAAUUUCCGCGACAACACCUGGAAAGGACUCGUCGAUCUGUCAGGCAAGAUUAUCAACUACGCAAAGGUUGCGGGUGGAACAGUCGACAGCUCGUACUACGUGGGCUUUCUGCAGUCCAUCCAGGACUACCACGACACGACGGAACAGAAGAAAAAGGACGAUGCCAGAGAGGCGAUCAAAGAGUUUACCAAUGACCUGAUUGCUCGGAUCACCGAGCUGCAGACACUCAGUGUCAAGGCCCGGGAUGACUUAGAGACGUUCAAGACUGCCACGACCAAACAUAGCUCCACACUGCAGACCAACGAGGAGCAGGUCAAGAAGCUGCUGGAUGAUACCGAGAUCAAAAGGCUCGAGGGCGAAAUCAAAACCCUACAGAAGGAGCUGGAUGCCGAGCACGACGAGCUGAGCUAUGAUCUCAAAGUUGCUGAGACGACUCCGGCCUACGCCUGGGUCACCAUCUUUGGCUUCAUCGCUGCCAUCGCCGUGGCCAGCAUCUACGGCCUAAAAAUCAGAAAGAUCAAGGAGAACAUUCAGGACACCGAGGGCAAGAUCAAGGAUGACCAAAAGAAGCUGGAAGCAGCCCGGAUCGUGAGCGCAGACGCCCAGCGCAUGUCAAACGGCGCCUCGGCCCUGAUCAACCUAAUAAAUCCAGCCAUCAAAACAGUCGAGGAACUCGAAACGGUCUGGCAGACCAUCGCCGAUGAUCUCAAGGGACUCAACGACGCAGCCAAAGACACCUCCAAGGAAAUUCCCCCAGGUCCGGCUAUUGAGAAACGAACGCUUACGCUGUUGGUUAAUAGCUGGAAUGAUCUCGGCGGCUAUGUGAACCAGUAUCGACAGGAGGCGUAUACCAGCCAGCCAGAAACGCUCUCGCUCGACCAGUGGGUAAAGGAAUACGGCAAUGACAAGUAG